UCGCUCUUGGACUUCGGAGAGUAAAGUCACGUUUCUCGAAGAGUGCGCGUACAAGCAGAUUAUUGGUGGUGCACACAGGGUGUGUUACCCAUCUAUCUCUUUCUAACAAAGCGGAAUUAAACCAACGGAAAGAUCAAAAUGGAGACUCGAAAGAACACGCUGAAGAUCCUGUUUGCGACCGGUGCCAAGGUGCCGUCCUACCUCGAGGUCUUGAAAUUCAUGUCGACCGGUGUAAAGAUACCAGCCACUGACGUACAUUCGGUGUACAAAGAUGAAAACGACCAGAAAUUCUACAUCAAGUUUAUGGACGAGAACAGCUACAACAGGUUCUGCAACUCGGUAGAGGAUCAGUAUUGGUUCCGGUUCGAUGACGGGUCAAGGUCUCCGGUGCAACUGGAGUUGGCCAGCAGGCAGUUCAAAUACAUCCGGCUUUUCAACCUGCCACCGGAGACGGAGGAAAAGGAAAUCGCUAUGGCGCUGAGUAAGUUCGGAAAGAUUCGGCAACACGUACGGGAGAAGUAUCCUCAAGACCUGGGUUACCACGUGUUCAGCGGCAUCCGUGGCGUUUACAUGGAGGUCGAGAAAGAAAUACCAGCCAACAUGUACAUCGCCCAUUUCCGAGCAAGGGUGUAUUAUGACGGAUUGAAAAAUCGUUGCUUCUUCUGCAAAGCUGAAGGGCACAUGAAGGUCGAAUGCCCUAAGCUGGCCAGUCUCAGGGUCAACGCUGAAACUGGUGGUCAGCGUUCGUACAGUAGCGUAACAGCAAAUUUGGCGAUCGCAAACAGCAGUACGAUCGAGCCAGACAACACGCUCACCAUGACAACGCUUCCGCUUACAUCACCACCAGCACGACCCAAGAUGCCAAUGCAGCCGCAAGAGGGAGAUGGCGCAAGCUCAGCGAAGAUCAGUACACCAGCAAACAAUCCAUUUGUAACACUAACACCAGCGGAAGUUCCGAUGGAGACGCCAGUACCACGACCAGAGGAGACGACGAACAACCAGGCGUCGGCGGCGACGACGACGGAGACGCCGAAUAAGCCGGUGGAUGCGACGGCGACGGUAGCGACGCCGAAGGAGACAUCGGCUGCUGAAGCAGAACGAUCGGGACACGAUGGGAUGAUUAUCGACGGCGAGCAGUUGAUGGUGGACGAAGCCAUCAAGGGGACAGCGGAAGGGGAGGGAAAACUGGAGUUGAAAAAGCGACCGAUAGAAACGAGUUUGUCGCUCGGCAGCAAUGAUUCGGAUCUAGGGCAAGGUAAGGGAAGCAAUAGUAAGAAAAAACGUGGCGCUCAGGGCCAAGGUAAGGGCAAGGGGAAGGGAAGGGGGAAGUGAGGAGGGCUAAAUGUUGAAUAUCUUUUCACACUCGACUUAUUUCUUCCUUUGAUGGACAUCUAUGAGUCCAGCCAUGAAUACGUUCAAGAAGUGUUCUUUGCGUUUGAUUACGUUUGACAUGAUAGUCUUGAUAUUCAUGCACUCUACUAAGAUUAAUCCAUCCUUCUAAUGCCUUUUAUUCGAAAAUUUGCAACCGUUAACCUGAACGCUAUUAGCAGUAAAUUAAAAUUGUCUUUGUUUAAAGAUUUCGUUU